GCAACAGCAACAGCAACAGGUGGGGCCGAGCGCCCGGAGCCGGAGCUGCAGCGAAGGAGCCGCCCUGGCCGAGCCGCUUCCCUUCGGCCAUGGGAGAGGCCUGGCGGGCACACCGAGGGGCCGCCCCGCUGCCCAGGAGCUGCUGCCACUCCCGGGGAGCCGCCAGAGGCCAUGCUGAGCUGGCCGGCCGCAAGAUGACCCUGAGCACCACCACCCCAGCCACCAGCGUGGGCCAGGCUUUCUUCUGCCUCCUGCUCUGCAUCCCCUGGGGCAGCUCCUGCCCCCGCAGCUGCCAGUGCACGGAGCGGGCCGGGGCCAAGGCUGUCCUCUGCAGCUCGCGGCACCUGGAGGAGAUCCCCAAGGACAUCCCCAGGGACGCGGUGUUCCUCAAGCUGGACGCCAACAGCAUCACCAGGAUCCCCGGCAACGCCUUCAGGCACCUGUCCCACCUGCAGGAGAUCGACCUGUCCCGGAACGCCAUCGAGAAGAUCGACGGCGCGGCUUUCCGAGGGGUGGCGGCGGGGCUGCGGAGCCUCGACCUCUCCGGGAACCGCAUCCGCAGCAUCCCCAAGGAAGCUCUGCUGGCGCUGAACGCCAAGCUGCGGCUGGCCAACAACCCCUGGCACUGCGAGUGCGCGCUGCAGGAGGUGCUGUGGGAGGCGCGSCUGGACCCCGACUCGGUGCGGGACAUCACCUGCCACACGGCCCCGCGGGACGAGUACGUGGGCAAACCGCUGCUGCAGGUGCUGGACGCGGGCGUCAACUUCUGCAGCGUGCGCCAGAGGAGCACGGACGUGGCCGUGUUGGUGGCCAUGUUCGGCUGGUUCGCCAUGGUCAUCGUCUACGUGGUGUGCUAUGUCCGGCACAACCGCGAGGAUUCGUGCAAGCACGGCCRGCAGCCCAGGGCACUGCCCGCAGCCCCGGGCCGCGCAGACACCGCCAGCACCGCCCUGUAGCUGCAGCUUCCAGUGCCCAUGGGCACCUGUGGGCAGCACAGCUUCUUCGGACAAAUGCCACCCGUGUCCUUGCUCCGGUGACACGGGACUGAGCGGGAGCAGGAGGCAAGGGAGAGGGGUGACAGGGACACCCUGCAGACAUGGCCCUGGGGACACACGGCCCCAGCCAGACCAGAGCUGGGCUCGCAGGGAGGGCACAGCCACAUGCUGGUGAUUUGGUGAGAGCAGAUCUCCCUCCCUGGCAGGGGGAGAUGGGCUGUGGGGACAGGAGGGCCCUAUGGUCACUGCAGAGGGGUCAGCCCGUGCUGGCUGCAGUGAGGGACCAGCCUUGCAGAGGGCAGAACACCCCUCAAGGCUCUGGAGCUAUCCUGGCAGCCUCUGCCUGCCUCCAGCAACCCCAAAAGAGGACUUCAAAACCUCCAAAAUCUUUAUUUCCUCAAUAAAGCCCUGCACUUAGGAAAAGCCCUCAAGGUUUGUGCUGCUCUGGGAGCUGAGUGUCCAGGGAGGGUGGUGGUGCUCAGGGGGGUUUGAGCUUGUCCUAAUUCAAUCUCUCCCAAAGCAGACCAGCCCAAAUUCAAUGUACCAGCAUGGCUCC